AUGGAAAGUUUUACUAUGAAGCUCAAUGAUCUACCAGUUGAAUUGCUGUAUAAGAUUUUUAACGAUCUUUCAUCAGCUGAUAUAUAUUUAUGUGUGGCACUUGUUAAUCAUCGACUACGGACCAUUGCACUUUCUUAUCCUCAUUUCGAGCUAGUUACAGGCACUAGACUGUUGAAAUUGCUGUGCAAAUGUAUCCUGCCCUCACACGUUUCUUCACUGCGUUUUUCGACAGAUGAAACAGAAUUCAAAUUAAGAAAAGAUGGCUUUAGUUUCUUCAAUCAUUAUAAUAGAAGUGGCAUGUUUUCCUCGAACCAAUUCUUUACACUCUAUGAAGAUCAAUUGCACACAUUUGAUCAUUUGCGCUCGUUAGAUUUGAGUGGUAUUACUAACGCAUCAUUUUCGCAAGUCAUUGAUCAUUUAAUAGAAUCGAUGCCUCAACUGGCGAUAACAUUGCUUAAAAUAAGAGAUCAUCAUCCGAAUGUUGACCAAGAGCGAGUCGAACAUUCUAUACGUUUUUUAACAACCUUACAAAACAUUCGUCAAAUUUCGUUACAAAAACCCGAUAUCCUCUUGGCACUUAUGUCUACUGUUCCCACUAUUGGUUGUGUCUCUUUAGAAUCAUGCACGAUCAAAGAUGUACGAAAAAUAAAGGAAUAUUUACCGAAUCUACGUUCUUUUACUGUACAAAACGUACGCUUAGAGCACUUGAAAUAUGCGCUGUCUGACACAAAUUCAUUCAAAAGUGUACUUAAUAUCGAUCGCAAUCGUAUUACAUUCAAAUUUAUAGAGUUACCUACUACUUUUAUAAAGAAAGUCCUUUGUAACGAUCUACAAAUGGUUCUGUCAAAUUUGACGUGCUUGUCCUUGCAAAAUCAUGCUUCAAAGAAGCAGAAUUUUGAUGAAUUUUUCGAUGGAUCAUGGUGGGAAAGCUCUUUGAAAACAUCGGCGCCUUUCUUAAAAGAAUUCGUCUUUGAAUUCUUCUACGGAUAUGAUCAUCGAGAUUUAACAGUAGAGAAGACGAAUGCCAUACUAAUGCCAUUCCAAACGGACUUUUGGCUAAAAGAAAAGCAUUGGUAUGUAUAUCUUAUAUUAUCUCAUACACAUGGCUCGCGUCUCUUCACUAACGAAUUUCUACACGACAUGCGCGACAUGACCGAUGUAAACUCAUCAGUGAAAGCGUCAACAGAUCAGCUGUUCAACACUCUGUCCGAGACAACGACAUCACUAACAAUCGAUUACAGUGCAGGCACACCAUCACCAACUUCUCUACGAUUUGGUGCUCAAGUAAUCGAUCUAUAUAUUCGAGGUCCUGAACCGCUGCCAGGGUCACCAGUCCGUUGCUUAUCUUUAAAGAAUCAUAUUCAACCCUAUGUUGAUUAUUGCAACGUGAAACGCCUGAGACUAGGCGCUAGUUUAGUACGUGAAGAUAAAAAGCAAUUAAAAGCGGGUCUUCUCAAACUAUUUCGUAACGUUACGUGUCUAAAAAUCGAUUGUAUGGAACAACUUCAAUCACUAUUCAAUCAACGAGAAAAAGUUCUUAAUCUUUUAAAGAAUCAGAUUUAUCUAUUGGUGAUAGUCGCGCCAACGAAUUGGCGGUUUUGGCGAGAUAGACGAACCAUCGAUACGUUUUGUCAAACGUUCGCUAACUUAAAACAACUUGAUUUGAAUGUAAGCGCUCCUGAAGUAAUGGCUAUUAUUAUUAAUGCAUUGUUGAAUCUUGAAGAAGCAAUAUUUAGAUUUUCCGAAAGCAUUAGUCUAAUAUUGCAAACACACAGGGAUCUAUGUUUAUCAAGCACGCGUUUAAAAACUAUGCAUUGGCGAUAUGAAACAUUCUCCCACGCGGUACAUUUGUUUAUCGAUAUAAAUGGUGCUCGCAGUGACAAUUUCACUACUCAUCAACGCAUCUUAUCACGAUUACCGAAUCAUCAUCCCACUCUGUCUGAUAUGGAAUGA